AUGAGAGUGAGAAGGCGCGAUGACGAGAGAAAAGCAAAUGGGCUUGCUCAGUGGUGGCUAGUAGGGAGGCUUGGCUCGCUGUGGUUGGUGGCUGCGCAGGGAUUGAGGGUGAGACCUAACGGUGGAGGGGUGGAGUUGCUGCAGUGGCCAUUGGUGGUCGUACGCGGAGGUGCGGUGGCUGACACCAAGAACGGAGGGCGAGGGUAUUGGAGAUGGGUCACGGUGCAGUGGUUUUGGGAUGAUUUCGAACUGUGGUUUGGGCAAGACUGGUCUGUGGUGAUGAGCCACGGUGAUCCAGUGGUUUGCGGUGGUGUCCAAUGUUGUGAAAGGUGGCUGUGGAGGGUGGCAUCAUUUAGCAGUGGCAGGGUGGCUGUGGAGGGUUGCAUGAUUUUAGGAGUAGGAUGGGACGGUUAUAGUUGUAGAAGGAGGGCACCAGACGGUUACCCCUUGAUCUUCGAAGAUAACUUAACCUCUAUUGACAACAAGCCUACAAAUGAAGUUUUCAUCGUCUUGAAUCCAAUUAUAGCGAACACAGAGAUAGUGGUCGUGGAGGCAGAUAUGGAGAAUGAGAGAACUACUCACGCUACUACAGUUGUCGUUGCCGCUGCUUCUGCUACCGCCGCUACUGGGCACGACAAAAAAAGGCUGCUAGAAUCCCUUGCUAUUGCUAUUGAAUCCGGUGCUGAUGCUCGAAAUCGAAAGAAGUUAGACAGAGAUGGGACUAGAGCUUUUGGCUUUCUUCCUUCACUUCAAUCAAGGAUUGCUGCUAGAAGGGCUCUUGCCCAUCAGCUGCGAAUGGAAUGUGGGAUAAAGGAUGAAUUGUCCAAAGCCAUUUUUUGCCUUGAUUCCCCUAGUAAAGAUAUACCACGCAAGGAAGAGAAUAGAAAAGCGAGCAAGAUCCCUUCAUCGGAAGGAAAGAGGAGAACGAGGACAGCUGACUACCGCUCAUGCCCCCUAGCCAAUUCAAACUCAGAUCCGAAGGCUGAUGGAUCUGGUCUGGACCUAAGGCCUGGGACUGCUUCUUCCUUAUCGCCCGAAGUGCCACAUCUCUCGAUCUCUAUCUUCUUUAGCGGACAUCGAGGCUUUAAGACCGAUUGGCGCGUGCCCAAAAAAAGGGAGACCGCGUCUGAAGCCUUUGCCAACUUUCCGUCUCAGGCAAGAGCUGCGGAACUAAAGCACCAACGGCUCCUCUUCCGACAUUGGCUACUGCUAUCGGGUAUUCACUCAUCCCCUCUCAGUGGCAAGAACUCUCUAGAAGCCUUAGGAGCUAUGGAGUCUGGUGAGGUAGCUCUUGUCUCUUGGUCAGCUGUUUCCGCUCGAGUGAAAAUGCUUGAUGGGGCGAGAUUUGCCUUGGAGAUGGAAAUGCCUAAUCAAGUAGCCAAGAAUCAUCGAUUUCGGAGGGGAAAUGAAUUUAGGAAGGAUCCGAUCCCAAGUGACAUUGAAUCAGUUGGGGGUAUAAGCGCUGCUAUUUCAGCAGUUGGUGUUGGAGGACUGAAUGCCAGUCGAAAGGCGCAUCUAUGA